AUGACAGACACGCCAGUGGAGGAAUCCCUCUUCCAAAUCAUCCACUGCUACCACCAGUAUGCGGCCCGGGAGGGAGACGUGGAGACCCUGUCCCUGGAGGAGUUGAAGGCUCUGCUUAUGGACAACGUACCCCGCUUCAUGGAGAGCCUGGGCCGGAAGGAGCCCUACUACAUCUCAGAGCUGUUCCGGGCUGCAGACAAGAACAAGGACAACCAGAUCUGCUUCGAUGAGUUCCUCUUCAUCCUGGGCCGACUGGUGAGGGACUACCACCUGCACUACCGCCGGCAACACUGCGCUGGCUACUGCGCCCGGCACAGCCUCCACUAG